GCGCAUCACAUUCCAUCCGGGUAUUUCUGCAAUGCAUGCCGGGAGGGGCUUCCUCUUUUCCAUCGUGACUAAAAGUAAAGUCACAAAUUUCUUCUGAGGCGAGCUUUAGAAGGCUUCUAACUAGCGAAAAUGGUGUCCUCAAAGAAACAGAAAAAGGCCAUGGAGAGCAUCAACUCUCGACUUGCUCUGGUCAUGAAGAGUGGAAAGUUCACGUUGGGUCUCAAGUCCACAUUGAAGACCCUCCGACAAGGCAAAGCCAAGCUGGUCAUCAUUGCCAAUAACACUCCUCAGCUACGAAAAAGUGAGAUCGAAUACUACGCUAUGCUGGCCAAGACCGGUGUCCACCAUUACACUGGCAACAACAUUGAGCUGGGAACCGCCUGUGGAAAGUACUUCCGUGUGUCCGUCCUCAGUAUUACAGACCCCGGCGACAGUGACAUCAUUAGGUCUAUGCCGUCAGAGCAACAACCAGCAGGUGGCCAAUAGAGGAAGGAAUAAAAUCAAUUUAUGAAA